AUGUAUGGCAAGGAAAACACCACCGCAUUUGAGGAUUUUCAUACUGGACAGCCAGUGGAUGAUGCCUUUGUUUUGCAUGUCGAACUGCAUGACAUUGAGGCGUGGUUGGGAAUCCCACACCUCCACAGGAGAAAUGUCAACAUUCCCCACAAACCCAAUCGCUUUAGACUCCGAUUUGGAAUCCUCACUCCCUUCUUCCCGUGCUUAGCUUUUCCCCUACUUGCCCGUCUAUCCGCCACAUUAACUCGACAAUCUUCACAUGCAAUAGGUUCUGAAGACCCAAGUUUAGAAGAAAUUUACUCCAAAUUAAUUCCCUUGACGAUAUGUGAACAUACUCUUCUAUCAUUUACAACUGGAGUUCCACUCUCAGAAAUUUUAAAAUUGUCAAUGUUUUGUUGGGAAUUGGUUUUGGAGAAGCAGAAGAACCUCGCUUCUCCUUUUGACCACUUCUUGCCUUAUUAA